AGGUCGCGACGCGAGACGCUGGCGGAGCCCGACCCCAGCUAGAUCCACGCACUCACAGUCCUCGCUGCCGCCCCAGCCCCAAGGUCAAGGGGCGCCACUCGCCCCACUGCCCGCCUCGACAGGGUUUUUUCCCAGGCCCCGCACCCUCACCCCGUGCGACCUGGACUCCUACAGCGGGACCCGGGCGCAAGGCUCUUCCUGCCGCGGGGCGGAGUCGCCGCCGCUCCGGGUCUUUGUCCCCGCCUCCGAGACCCCCGCGCGCCCCCAGCACUUCCGGCCGCGGGAGCCCAGGGUUUCUGCCGGGAAGCUUCUCCCGCGGCCAGGUCGCCUCCUGCCGGGACCCCGGCGCGCUGCAGCCGCGGAGCCGAGUGCCCGCCCCUCUUCCCGCCGGGGGCGGAGUCGCUGACGCUCCGGGUCCCUGUCCCCGCCUCCGAGACCCCCGCGCGCCUCCUCCAGGCGAGCUGCCGGGCGGGAAGGGUCCGGCUGCCGUGGGCCGCUGCCAGCCGCGGGGCUGCCGAGGGCCGCGGGCACGGGGCGCUGGCUCCGGGUCUGGCGGCCGCUGAUGGGAGGCGGAGCCCGGGCGGGCGAGCGGCGGCGCGGCGGCCACCAUGGGGAACAAGCAGACCAUCUUCACCGAAGAGCAGCUAGACAACUACCAGGACUGCACCUUCUUCAAUAAGAAGGACAUCCUCAAAUGGGGAAACCGAGGCUCAGAGGGAUUCGGUCACUCAUCCAGGGUCACACAGGCUGUCCACAGUCUGGCUCCGGGGCCCUCCUGCUUAUCCUGCACCCACAGUGAUUGCUGUGUGUGUUUUCUUCAGGAGAAUCCCUUCAAAGAAAGGAUCGUGGCGGCGUUUUCUGAGGAUGGUGAGGGGAACCUCACCUUCAACGACUUUGUGGACAUGUUUUCCGUGCUCUGCGAGUCGGCUCCCCGAGAGCUCAAGGCAAACUAUGCCUUCAAGAUCUAUGACUUCAACACUGACAACUUCAUCUGCAAGGAGGACCUGGAGCUGACACUGGCCCGGCUCACUAAGUCAGAGCUGGAUGAGGAGGAGGUGGUGCUUGUGUGCGACAAGGUCAUUGAGGAGGCUGACUUGGACGGUGACGGCAAGCUGGGCUUUGCUGACUUCGAGGACAUGAUUGCCAAGGCCCCUGACUUCCUCAGCACUUUCCACAUCCGGAUCUGAGGACACUGCCGAGGCUGCAGGGGCCUAGAAGUCCACUGUCCUGCCCUACAGUCACAUGGGUGUGGCCUCCAAGCUCCCCAGGAAAGCAGUGGCAGCCUCUGGGGUUUACACCACGAAUAUAUCCUGUGGCCCUUUCAGCAAAAAAAAAAAACCUUAACCAGGAAGGGGGCCUGUGAGGGUUAGGACCCUUCCCACAGCCCCCCUGUGGUCCAGCCCCGGGACCCAUGGCCUCUCUCCAGGCCCUCCGCACCCCGCCCCAUACCCCAGUCCUUUCCUACUCCAGAAAUGCUCCCCACCCCCUCAGAGGGAAAGGCAGAUAACCCAACAGGAGGUGGUGGGGUCUGACGUGUCCAAGUGCUGGCAGACACCCUGGUCACCCAGGACAGAGUGGAAAAAAACAAAAGAGGUCAGGGUUUUAACGAGCUAUGCAAUCUUUUUCCAAAACCCAAGGUUGGGCUGCUCCCCACCCCUGCCUGUUCCCCUUCCUCCGGCCUCCUUCACAAUGUGAAGCUGUGGGUGCCGUGGGCCCAAGGGCUCUUGCUGCUGUCUCUGCCUCUGGGUCAUGAGUACCACCCUGCCUGCCCUCCCCAACACCGUGGAAUCCUCACUGGUGUGUGCUGUCCACAGAUUUGUGAACUCCUGGUAUUAAAACACUUUUGCAUCCC